AUGGCAAAGCACGCAGCCUCCGACGCGCUAAAAAAACGCCAAGAAGAAGAGGAAAAGGCAAGAGCUUACCGGAUUGCUCACGCAAUUUGGCUGGAUGAGCAACAGAAGCCAAAAGACAAGCGCCUGUCUUACCGGGAGGUGGCUGAGGAGGCACGCAAGCAAUGGCAUGCCAAGACAGGCCACUGGCUGAAGCUGAAUCACAACACUGUCCGUAAUCACGCAACUGGCAAAACACGUCCUCGGGAGGAGACUAAAUGGGAUUCAUCUCAUUUGAGCGCUGUCGAAGAAGAAGAGGUUGUCAAUUACCUCAUCGAGACGGCAGCUCAGGGCUUCGGGCUGUCACAUCGUCGUUUGAAGGAGCACGUCAUAGAGCUCUGCCGAGCGCAUUAUGGCACCUCCUUUCCUGGUCUUGGGAAGCACUGGUCCCACCGCUUUGUUGAGCGGCAUCACGAACGCCUUCACGUAUACCGGACUCGGCCACUCCAUGAUGUCCGAGGGAAAGCUGCGAACCCAGAAAACCAUAAGGCCUGGUGUGAUCUCGUUGAGAACGUCCAGCUGCAUGGAGAUGAGGGCAACGCAAUUGCACCUGAGAACACGUACGCGCUGGAUGAGGCAGGUUUUCAGGCUAACGGUGAUGAGGGAGAAGAGCGGGUGAUUGGCGGAGUGGGCAAGAACGUCCAGUACCAGCAGCAAGCUGGAACGAGGGAGACAACAACUGUCAUUGUCAAUAUCUGCGUGGAUGGGACUGCCAUACCUCCAGCCGUUUUGUUUUCUGGAAAGGGCUUUGCGGUUCGGUGGAAGCAAGAUAACCCUGCAGAAGCAAUGCUGGGAUACUCGAAGAAGGGCUGGACGGAUAACGAGAUCGGCAUCGAGUACGCAAAGCACUUUGAGCGAAUGACUCGUGAGAAGGCGGGUGGCAGGUGGCGAGUCCUCUACGUCGACGGACAUGGUUCACAUGUCACUCACGGGUUCUUGAUGUUCUGCAAGGCGCAUAAGAUCCAUGUCUUGUGCUAUCCUGCCCAUACAACUCACAUUUACCAAGGUCUGGAUGUUGUGAUAUUCAGCCCGAUGAAGCAAAGGUUCGGUGAGAACCGUGACAAACUCUUUCGAGAGACGGGCCAGGAGAUCUCAAAAGAGAACUUCCUGAAGGUUUAUGGUGACACCCAUCUUGCGAUACUACAACCGGAGUUAAUCAAGAAGGCGUUCUCGAAGACAGGAAUCAUACCUUUUAACCGCGACGUGAUCUCCGCCGAUAAGCUCGCUCCCAGCCGCGACACCUCGUUUCGGCAUUACACCCCAGUCGAGCCACCAGCUGCUGUCCGCAUCAUGACGGAGCUGAUCAUUGACACCCUCCAGCCUAUCUUCAUCACGUCGUCUCCAAACAAUGAUUCGGAUACAGAUUCCGAAGGUGAGGAUGAGGGAGCCAGUGGGGAUGCGGUUGACGAGAGAGGUGAUGAGGAAUAUGAAGCGGGUGAAGAGGAGGAAGAAGCGGUGGCGGAUGGAGAGCAGGACAAGGAGGUGGAGGAUGGUGCUGAUGAGGAGGUAGAUGAUGUUGAGGAGGGGGGUGGUGAGGCUGGUCAUGAAGCGGGUGAGGAGGGAGAAGGGGAGGAACAAGAACCUGUAAAUGAUGAACCUGCCCACCCACGGCUUGACACCUUUCCCAUCCGAGCCGCCCUCGAAGAACUUGCCAACUCUGAUUGCGGCUUUCUCUUCUCACAAACGCCUAUCCCAUCGUCUUCUAAUCCACCCGAUCUGCCGAAUGUUCUCAUCUCGCCUAUGAAACGUCGCAUUACCAAACCGUCAAUGUCAAGGCAAGAUGUCACAUACCUCACAACAAAGACGACAUCCACACCCGACGAGGACGCCAUGCAGGAGGCUCUCAUUGCGAAAGCAGCGGCAGCAGAUUACUACAAGGAGCAGGCGAUCCGUAUGCAAUCCAUGCUCGUGUUGCAGCGAUUAUACUGCAACAAACUGCGUCGUCAGCUUCAAGCGAAGGAAGGAAAGGCAGAGAGGAAGAAGAAGGGGCGAGGAGGUAUUCUACGAGACGGCUUACCUCGUUUGAUGACACAUUCCGCCGUGAUUCGAGCCGUCAAGGAGCACGAGGAUGCGAAGGCGAAGGAGGCGCGCGACAAGGAGGAGAGGGCUGCCCAGCAGCUUGAAUACGAGGAGCGGAUGGCAGCGUGGCAGGCACAUGAGGAUGGUCGGGAGGCUAGGAAUGCGGCACUGUAUCGCCAGUUUCAGGAGGAUGCAAACAAGUGGACAGCAGCGCGAGUAGCAGCGAAGGAGGCGGGCCGCAAGCUGAAGGUUUGGGACAAAGCCCAUCCAAAGCCUUUGCGUUCGAAUUACAAGGAGACCCGGGUAAAACCCCCAACCAAGAAGGCGCGGAAAGAUCCUGAGGAGGAUCCUGAGGAGGAUGUGGGUGGCGACGGUACGAUAGACGAAGAAUAG